AUGAGCGGGAAAAGUACUGAAAACGGAAGCAAGAAUGCAACUAGUAGAAAAUACGCAAGACGUACGGUACAGACAUUUAUCACCCAAUUUUGCAGAAGGAAAACGAAAAAAAAAGAGGUUAUUAUUUUAGGGGAUGAUGCAAGUGAUGACAAAGUGGUUGAGCUUGGAAAGGAUUCAAGGAAGGAAGAAUAUGAGCUAACACUGAAUGAAAAAGAGAUGCAGCAAAAUAUACAACUAGAGAUACCCGAAUCCGGAACUUUGGAUGACAAGGGUGAACAAACAGUGAAUAUAAAAUGCCCAAUAUGCAAUUUGAAUAUUGGAAAUCUGGACCUCACACAAAGAAAUGAGCAUGUGAAUGAUUGCUUAUUUACGGUUACCACUCUUACAAAUUCGACAAAGUAUGUCUCAGUUAAGAAGGGGAAAAAGAGGAGUCGUACAGAUAAUAAAAUGGCUAAGAAGAAAGAGAAAUGCAAAAAGAAACAGAGGCAGAAACGUAGGCCAAAACCAGCUUUGCCAGACUAUAAGGUCCUUCAACUUGGAAAAGAUAAAAUUGCAGUAGAUGCUUUUGGCUUCGAGCCAGACAAUACAAUUCAGACAUAUAUUUUAACCCAUUUUCACUCAGAUCAUUAUGGAGGAUUGCGGAAAAGUUGGGAUAAUGGAAGCCUCAUUAUUGGAACCAAAGUUACAGUGGCACUAGCUGUGAAACGUUUCAAUAUUCCAGUGGACAAAUUUAUGGGAAUGGAGUACAACGAGAGUCGGAUGAUUCCAAAUACACACAUUGAAAUAACCUGCCUGGAUGCAAAUCAUUGUCCUGGAAGUGCGAUAUUUGUUUUGCAAUCAAAGAUAACAGGCGAGAAGUUUCUCCAUUGCGGGGAUUUCCGUGCAAAUGGAAAGAUGGUUAAAGCUUUAAGGAAAUGGGGGAAGUUCGACCGUAUUUACAUAGAUGAUACGUACUUGGACCCCCAAUAUAGUUUUCCGAAGCAAGUGGACGUUAUUGAUGCCACUUGCAAUGUGAUACUAAACGGAAGUCAAGAAGCUCAAAGUACGCAAAAGCGAGUCAUAGACUUUUUUCGCAAGGUUGGGGACGCUCCCUCAGAAUUUUUGGUAGUUGUGGGUACAUACUCAAUUGGCAAAGAGAGACUGGCUAUAGAGCUUGCAGAGAGAAUGAAAUCUCGUAUAUAUUGCGAUGAGCGGAAGGGAAAUAUCUUGAAGAUAUUACAAUGGAAACAGUUAGAUGACAUACUGGAGACCAACCCUGCUAACGCUCAUGCUUGUAAAGUUCAUUUAGUAUCAAUGAGGGCGAUGAAUAAAGAUUCAUUACUGUUGUAUUUGAAACAGUAUUCUUCUCAUUUCAAAACGGUUAUAGGUAUUAAUCCGACUGGCUGGUCCUUUGGAUUUUCGAAAGCGAACAAGAGACGCACACUAACAGGAUUUGAAGGUAUUGAUUCAUUUUUAAAUGAAUUUAUCGACCCUGUACCACUAAGUGAAGUUUACGAUGAGAUUAAAAAGCAAUUUAGUUUUCGGAAUAAACAAGAAAGGGCACAAGAUCUAGUUGUUGGGAAAACAUUAAGGGUUCCGUAUAGUGAGCAUUCAUCCUUUAGGGAGCUUUUUUAUUUUAUAAACCUUGUUCCAGCAUCCAAGAUUAUUCCCACGGUUAAUGUUUCAAAUUUGGAUGAGGAACGCUGGCUUAGGAGCUUUCAGAAAUAUGAAGGGAAACUGGAUGUGGAAAAAAUGUGA